AUGAGCAAAAAAUCAGAAGACACAUCUUCUGUUAGCCCUAUGGCUACUGGUGUGGAUCCAAGUAUUCGGGCCAUACUAGACGCUAUGCAGAAGCAGAACGAAAUCAAGUUAAGAAAACUGUUAAAGGAGACUAUUAAAGCAGCGACUAGUCGGAGUUAUCAGGAAGAAGACCAAAUGAUGACAGCGAAAAAUGCGUGUGACACUACAGAAUCAAAAACUUCAGCAGAUCUUAUGUCGAGAAAUUUAGAUGCUAAUAGACAAGAGAGGUCUUUAGAGAAUAAAGAUGACAAGAAUCCAUCUCCAUCUAUGUUAGAUAGUAGUAAACGGAGCAGUCGUUAUAAUGUUGCUGCAAAGCCUGCUACUUCGCCAAAAUUUGAAGAAAUUGUUUAUAAUCAAACCAGACAAUCAAACACAAAUAAAAUUUUGCGAAGCGCUUUAAAGACGAAAUUAAUCGAAGACAAGUGUGAAAUAAUUAAUAAACAAAAGGCAUCGGAAAAUGUAGAAAAUAAAUAUGCCAAAGAAGAAAAAAGAGGUGUUAAACAAAAAUCAAUUUCAGAUAGUGAAAACGAAACAACUGAUACUCGUCAACGAAGGGAAGUUCUUUUAACGAACACAGCUAGUGAUAGCGAUAGGUAUAAAUCUGUAGAAAAUGAUAAUGCAGUAACGGGUGUAAUAGCAACUGAUGAAGCGAAACAUAGAGGCAGACCUAGGAGAUCGGAUAAAGUCGAAGUUAAAAAAGAUGAAGAUACAAGGAAGAUCCUACAAAAUGAGAAGGGUGGAUUAGAAGAACAAAGAAAACUCGAAGAAGAUACAAAAGAAGAAACUACAGAGACAGAAGUCAAUUCAAAAGGUAGAAGCCGCACUCAAAAUGAUAUGGAAGAUGUAGUAGAAGAUUCACAAGAAUUAUCUAACAAAAGUAAGUUAUCAGAAAUAAGGAUUGCACUUAACAAAAUUGAAUAUACAAAAACUAUUUUACGGAAUAAAAAGAAUUCAUUAGAAAGAGAAAGAGGAGUAAGGGAAAAGAAGAAAAUGUACAGACAGAAAUUAUUUCAAAAAAUAUAUCAGAUGAUAAAUGUGAUUUGCUUUAGAAAAAAAAAAAUAUUAUCCACAAACUACAUUAGGAAUUUAUCUAUUUUAGUGAGGAGAAAGAAAAAGGAUAGAGGAGUUGAUCAAUAGACUGUGGCUUUUGAAGCGUUUAUGAAAAACUUACAAUUUUAAUAAAAUAUUCAAUGUAAAGUCUUUGUUAUAAUAUUCAAAUAAAUAGAUGAAAAAAAACUGAAUUUGCAUAAUUACUCAUGGCUUAUUGAUCAAUCAUGCGACUCGUUCAGAGGUAACUCGAGUUGUAAAGGCGACAAUUUAUUAAAAAUGGUAUAUCUGACGUACGAUGCAUUUGCUCAUGUUAAACUAUUUAAAUAAGUAUAAAAAUCACGCGAAAAAAAAUCUACUGAAAAUAAUGUUGAACUAGUUAAUAAUAAUAAAUAAU